AUGCCUCCUAAAGCACCAUCUGGUAGUCAAAAACGUAAAAAGAGAAAACUUGAUGAAGAAAUGAGAAAGUCACAAGCCGGUGCUCUAGAUAAAUUUAUCCAUAGACAACCUGUUGAAGAACACGUUGAGACUAACAUUGAAGAUGUUGAACAAGAAGAUCAUGUUGAGGCUAAUAUAAAUGAAGAGAAGGCAGAAGAGCAAGCAAAUGAAGAAGAGUAUGUCGAGCCUAAUGUAAAUGAAGAACAUGUAGAGCAUAACCCAAUUGAUAUAUUUGAUCCAGGAAGGUGGGAAGGAUUAAAUUCUGAUCAGAUAAAACUUUUGGUCGAGAAAGGUCCAAACAGAGAUACUAGUAUUGUGUAUGGUCCUUAUGAUGCACUUGGUAGACGAUUUUCCACUGCUUUAUAUACAAGAACUUUAUCAAAUAUGUAG